GACAUAAAGAAAAUGCGAACGCACUGAUCAUUCGACGUAAGUAUUACGUCAAAAUCUGGUCAAAACACAAAUUUUUGGCUUGUUUUGAAGCUCUAAUAAAUGUGAACUUUAUAACUUUCGGUAUGAAUUCGUCAUUAAAAUAUUGUUAUUUGUGUCCAUUGUGACGUUAAAAUUGUACAUAUGAGUAUGUAAAACUGUAAGAUUGUGUGUUUUGAGGACAUUUAAAAAGUUCAAGUGUUUGGAACCCCAGCUGGUGUAAGCAAGGAGACUGGUGCGAUGGCUGAUGAUCCUGACCGCUCUUCCAAUAACUCAGCAGAGAUGGCGCACGAGAGCGGCGGCGGCGCGGACGGGUCGCCGCAGCACACGCCGUCCCCCCCGCACGCGCCGCGCCUGCCCCUCGCUGACACCAGCAGCUUCCAUCAACAGAUCAUGCAGAAUCAGAACCCAAGAAAGAACCAUAUUGCUGAGCGGGCGAAACAGACAUUAGAGAGUAGUUUCCUGAUGCAAUUGAAGAAACAGCAACAGCUGCAACAAGAGAUCCUGCUGCAGCACUUCCAGCAGCAGCGGCAGCAGCUGGCUCAAGAACACGAGCAGCAGCUGAUGCACCAUUUGAAGGUAAAUAUGCUGCAGUUGUGGGAACAGCAGAAGGCCAUGGAGGAGCAGGCGCGGCGCGAGGCGCGCGAGGCGCUGGAGGCGCGCGAGGCUCGCGAGCGCCACGAGCGCGACCGCGUCGAGCUGCUGCGCAAGAAGGACAAGCACGAGCACAGCGCCAACGCCUCCACUGAAGUCAAGCAGAAGCUACAGCAAUUCUUAAAGAAGAAGCAAGCGAGCGCGAACGGCACUGUAGCAGGCUCGUCGUACCGCAACUGGGGUAUCGUGAAGUCCUCGUCGGGGGAGUCCAUCACGUCGACGGGGGCCACGGCCACGCACCCCUACCGCCUGGCCGCGCCGCUGCCGCUCGCGCUCAACGCCGCGCCGCCGCAGCCCUCGCCCGACUAUCCUCUGCGCAAGACUGCGUCGGAGCCCAACAUGCUGAAGGUGCGGCUCAAGGCGCGCGUCAUCGAGCGCCGCGCCUCGCCGCUCGCGCGCCGCCCCUUCAAGACCAGGCUCAAGCAUCGCAAUUGCGAGGGCAGCUCGCCGCGCGGGUCGCCGCCCGGCGGCGCGGGCGCGGGCGCCACGGCCCCCAUCCGCGAGGAGGAGGAGGGCUGCGGGCGCACGGCGGAGCUGCUGUUCUCGUCGCCCUCCAUGCCCAACAUCAGCCUGGGCCGCCCGCACCAGCCGCCGCCGCGCCACCAGCCGCCGCAGCCGCAGCCACAUCCACUGCCCCCGGUGUCGUCCCUGCCGCCGGUGUCAGAAGCCGGCGCGUGGGCGGGCGGGCGGCUGAGCAAGCGGCCGCUGGGCCGCACGCACUCGGCGCCGCUGCCGCUGGGCGACCCCGCGCUGGCGCCGCCCGCCGCGCACCACUACCUGCGCGACCAGAUACGGAAAACUGUGUUAACACGCGCCCACGACGCGGCCGCAGCACAGCUGCGCGAGGAAGAAGGCGAGGUCAUCGACCUCACCGCCCGCCGCGCCGCCGCCGACCCCCCCGCGCCCGCAGCGCCCGGCGCCCCCCCUCCCGGCGCCCUACCCGCGCCUGCCUGCGAGCCGGCGCCCCUCGCGCGGGCGCUGAGCUCGCCGCUGGUGGGCGCCCGCACCCCCCCUACCGGCCUCGCGUACGACGCGCUCAUGCUUAAGCACGGGUGUGCAUGCGGUGCGCACGCGCCGACGCACCCGGAGCACUCGGGGCGGCUGCAGUCCGUGUGGGCGCGGCUGUGCGAGACCGGGCUCGUCGCCAGGGCCGAGCGGACAAGGCCCAGGAAGGCCACCUUCGAGGAGCUGCAGUCAGUGCACUCGGAGUCUCACGUGAGCGUGUUCGGUGGUCGCGGCGGCGCGGGCGGCGUGCGCCAGCUCGUGCGGCUGGCGUGCGGCGGGCUCGGCGUCGACUCCGACACCGCCUGGUCUGACGCGCACACGCCUGCCGCCGCCCGGGCUGCUGCCGGCGCCGUGCUCGACCUCGCCGUCAGGACCGCCAAGGGAGAGCUCAGGAAUGGGUUCGCAGUAGUGCGUCCCCCAGGCCACCACGCAGAACCCAACCAGGCGAUGGGCUUCUGCUUCUUCAACUCCGUCGCCAUCGCCGCCCGCAUCCUGCACACCCGCCACCACCUGCAGAGAAUACUCAUCGUCGACUGGGACGUGCACCACGGCAACGGCACGCAGCAAAUCUUUUAUUCGGAUCCGAAUGUACUGUACAUCAGUAUCCACCGGCACGACGACGGCAACUUCUUCCCCGGCACAGGCGCCGCCACGGAGGCGGGCGCCGGGCCCGGGCUCGGCUACACCGUGAACGUGGCGUGGUGCGGCGGCACCAGCCCGCCGCUCGCCGACGCCGAGUACCUGGCCGCCUUCCGCACCGUCGUCAUGCCCAUCGCCAAGGAGUACUCGCCCGAGAUCGUGCUGGUGUCGUGCGGCUUCGACGCCGCCGCCGGCCACCCCGCGCCGCUGGGCGGCUACAGCGUGUCGGCCGCCUGCUUCGCGCACAUGACGCGCGAGCUGCAGCAGCUGGCGGGCGGCCGCCUCGUGCUGGCGCUGGAGGGCGGCUACGACCUGCCCGCCGUCUGCGACUGCGCCCAGGAGUGCGUCCGCGCGCUGCUGGGGGACCGCCCCGCCGCGCCCGCGCUGCACGAGCUGGCGCGGCCGCCGCACGCGCGGGCACAGGCGGCACUGCGGGCCACGCUGGCCGUGCACGCGCCGCACUGGCGGGCGCUGCGCCGCGCCGCCGACCUGCUGCCGCUGAGCGCGCUGGACGCGGCGCCGGCGGUGGCGGCGCUGCGACUGGGGCGCCUGCAGUCGGAGCGGGACGCGGCCGACACGUGCCAGGCCAUGGCCACGCUGUCCAUGCGGCCGCCGCCCGCCGAGCCCAUGGAGCAGGACGACGCCAAGUGAGGCGCCGCCGCCGCCGCUUCCACAUUCCGGUCCCGGCCUCGGCCUCGGCCUCGGCCGGCAGUUAGCCGAUAGUUGUCCGGCGCGAACUCGAAUGGGCGCCUCGCGUCCGGUCCAGAGCUUUAAGGUGUAGUAGUGACCGCCGCCGCCGCCCGAUGCGACCACUAUACCAAAGAUUGUUUCAAAUUCUGAUGUUACAAAAAGUAUUUAUUCAAUGUGUAUAUAAUGGAAAUUGUGCAAAUCUAUUGUUGUAAAUUAAAGUAAAUCUUUAUGGUGGAUAUGAAAUAUUUGUAUAUCUGUGUUGGUGUGCCGCUGUAGCGGCUUGUAUCGCGCUGCGCUUGUGUACGUACGUACUUGUGCUCCACGACUCCUCACGUGUGAUAACUUAAUAUGAAACGAAUUAGAAUUGUCGGACACGAUGUCCGCUUGGAGCUAUUGAAACAAUGAAUUUCUAUAGUAUAUAGGUGUCUCCGCACACACUCGUGCGGGACGCGGAUGUUGUGUAUCUGUGUUGAGUCUUAUAUUUUCACUAUGUGAUCGAAUCCUGAAGGAUCGGCAUCGCCCGCCAGGCGGUGCUACUUAUAAGAGAACUUAGUUUUAUGUAAAGUCAGUUGUAAAUGUUUAUAUGAGACGGUAUAUUUAAUUAGCAGAAUAUGAGAUGUUCCCUAGGGCGGAACCUGUUGACUAUAGCCGACUACUUGUCCGUGCGUCUGUCGCAUCCUCUAAUUAUAUAUUUUUGUAUGACGGCUGUCUGUGUGUAUACAACGUACCUAUGGGAUGGGAUCCUUGUACGAUAAACAGAGUUAAACAAAUGUUGUGUCUUUGAGAAUUUUAUUGUUAAAUUGGAAUAAAGAUGAAAUGAUUAUUUAAUAAAUGUAUAUAUAUUAUAUAUAUAUUUGGAAAUAUAAAAA